AUGAAAAAUCCGUUCUCGACGCCACCACGCCCGGACACUCCGUUCAACGACUCAUCUUUGCCAUGCGAUGACAGCUCCCCACCUGACGUCACCUGGCUUAACGUUGCCGAGGCGGUAGGAAAGCGAUUACAGAUGGAGACACAUGGUCAGCAGCCCGACAGAGCACAGAGACUCCGCACCCGGAGCCGGAACGGGCUUUGCAUGGCGCUUAUUGUCUUGCAUUCCAUCUAUCCCAUUCACCAGCUGCAUUUCUCAAUCACUCCGGCCCAUGGGGAAAUCCCCAUUUUUGUUGAAAUGCUUGUGAGCGCCAUGCCGCUGUUCAUGGACAGGAAUAGAGCUACAGACAUGUUUCUGGACCUCCCCUCAGUCUCACUCCAUCCUCCCCAGGUUUCAAUAAUCCCAUGUCAUCCAGAUCGAGCCGUCACUUGCAAGGCCUCUAAGUACCACCAGCAUCCGCGAACCAAUCGGACGAUGGCCGUCCGACCUCAUCCCCACACUCCGUCAUCAGUGCCGCAUGCCAGAAACCCGCUUCCGCACCCUUGUCCCACCAUCCCGAAACUCAACCUCUAG